AUGGAAAUUCCUAGCAGCCUCUGCACAGGAUCACCAGCGUGCCCCACCGUGUCAGACACGGCCGUGGGCACCAGCUCCGAGAUCACCACCAAGGACUUAAAGGAGAAGAAGGAAGUUGUGGCGGAGGCAGAGAAUGGAAGCAAUGCACCUGAGAAUGGGAAUGCUAGUGAGGAAAAUGGGGAGCAGGAGGCUGACCAUGAGGUAGAGGAAGAAGAGGAAGAAGGAGGGAAGGAGGAGGAAGAAGAGGGUGAUGGUGAGGAAGAGGGUGGAGAUGAAGAUGAGGAGGCUGAGGCAGCUACAGGCAAACGGGCAGCUGGAGAUGAUGAGGAUGACUAUGUUGACACGAAGAAGCAGAAGACGGAUGAGGAUGACUAG